AUGUGGGGAUUCGCUGAUCUUGCUGGGGAGUAUAACCUUAAGCAAGAUACUGAGUAUGUAAUAGCUAUUCGCAGAUUUAUGGAAGCUGUACUCGACUAUACUGGUGCCCCAAAGAUUGAUGUUAUUUCACAUUCAAUGGGAGUAACUCUAUCUAGAGCAGCAAUCAAGGGUGGCAAAUAUUUAUUGAGAGACAUUGGAUACAUCAACUUGAAGCCAAUUAAUAAGUUUGUUAGAACCUACAUUGGAAUCGCAGGAGUAAACUAUGGAGCCUUGUUGUGCACAUAAGCAUUCUACUAUGAUAAUUUCCUUGGCUGCAACAAAUUCAAUGGAUUUUAUCCAGGUGACUUGGACAAGAACAACAAAGUUGUCAACUUUAUUCGAUUCACCGAAGACUUAUAAUGA